UGCAGCUUCAAUUCAAUUCCAGCCAUUAUUUUGAAGUCAUGGUCGAGUCAUUUCUGCUUUGGUCUGUUACAUAGCAACGGCGAACGCUCUGAGCAUGUCGGUAGCUAGCUUAUGCGUUAGUUAGCCUGUAAGCUAGCUGGGGCAGUUUAUCAUGGCAGAUGACGAUUUGGACGAACUGCUGGAUGAAGUUGAAAAAAAGUUUUGUCGCGACGUUUCUGUGGCGUGCUCAGCUCGCGUGGACCCGAGUGGGUCAGGAAAAUACGGAAGAGACAAAGACGGACAGAGAAAACACAGUGUUCCAAAGCCUAAACAGCCGAUAAGCAGUGUUUCUGAGGAUAUUGACGCCCUUCUGGAAGAAUUACGGGAGGAAGACCCUCGACCAAAGACUGAACUGUGUCCUAAAGGAAGCCAAGUGGAGAAGAAGCUUCCACCUCAGUCUGCAGGAAGAAAGUGCUGUCCUGUUUAUGUUGGCGGGAGCUCUGUCACAAAUGGUGUGGGAACAGCCACAUCCAAGAGGUCAUGUGACCAGCUGAGGUGUAUAUCCUGCGACUUCAAGGUACUGAUGUUUGAUGACUGUGAGUGGGACCCGUCCUGUGAUUACCUGUUCCUCAGGAACAACAUGCCGGACCGUGAGAAGCUUAGAACCAAGCUGAAGAAGAGGAGAAGUUUGCGAGCGUACGCCUGCCAGUGCAGCUGGUUCUCCACGUUAGAGCCGACAGACCUCAGAGACCAACCUCAGCUCAAAUGGGUCUGUGGCAAACACCUGGACUGAUGUUCACUCCUCACUGCUACAAAGACACUGUUGACUAAUGGGCCAAAGCACACGUUGCAAACACAAAUCUUGGAUUACUCAUCUUCUCUCUGUGUCUAUUGACCUGUUUAACUAAUCAUCCAUCCAUCCAUCCAUCCAUCCAUCCAUCCAUCCAUCCAUCCAUCCAUCCAUCCAUCCAUCCAUCCAUCCAUCCAUCCAUCCAUCCAUCCAUCCAUCCAUCCAUCCAUCCAUCCAUCCAUCCAUCCAUCCAUCCAUCCAUCCAUCCAUCCAUCCAUCCCUUUCAGAGACAGCAGUGUGUUUUUAAAACUGCAAUGCUGUUUUUAUCGUCUUUGCUAUUCUCUAUACACUUCAGUUCGACAUCACAAGAUCCUGAACCUGUCAAAGCACUUUUAAAGAAACAUACUGAUUCUGAUUAAUAACUGAUGAAACAACAUGUAAUCUGUAACUACAAAGGAUCCAAACAGUAGCUCUAAGAAAGGCAUAUUUUUCUACAGAAUUAUGAAAAACUUCAGUUCAUUACGGUUUUAUAGCUGAAAUAGUUUUUCAAACACAGUAAUGUUAACAUUAUGUAUUUUUCCCCCCAAAUUUCAGAAAGCUGGCAAAUGAACUGCCAGAAAGCCGGAGGAGAUCAGUAGAGGAAGGAAACACUUCUGCACCACAAGAGAGCUAAUGACAAUCCAGAUGUGGUGACAGUAUCUGUUUUUUGCCAUAUUGGUUUCCCAUUGCUGUGAAUUAGAAAAUCGGAGACUUUAAACAUUCAUUCAUUUAAAAAAUUAGGUGGGAAUUUUUUGGAUUACUAACUGGAACACAUUCAACAGAUAUUUUCUCUGCAUCUUUUUCUUCUCUUUCAUCGCUGAACAUUUACUGAGUUGUACUUUACUCAGACACCACUUGUCUACCACAAACCUUAGUAAUGUGUGUCUUCUUGCAGCAGUUAGUGGCAGGUAUUGGCUGUAGCAACUUAAAUGAUGAAAUACAGAUUCCAGUCUGUACAGAAAACAUUUAAAUGCUGUUUUAGAUUCACGCUGUUGAACUUAUUUCUUUUUUUUUUUUUACUAUCUAAUUGAUUCAAAUCAUUUUUCUUGUACCAACUAGUGAUACAUCUGAGUGAAUAAUUUCUUACUAAACCUGAUAUUAAAACAGAUUUUUUUUAACAUACAUGUAAAAUGAGGCGUCAUCUGGGGAUGUGCUGUUUUCCAUGGUAACAGUCUGUAGUUCAUUAAUUACCAUUACAUUAACUGUGUAGCAAACAGUCCCUCCGUUGAACAUGGAGUGAAUCGGCUCAGUUCAUCCUGUUACUGAUGAUUAAAGCUGUACUUCCUCGUGUUUGAUGUAGUGACAUUUGACAGACUUGCAGUUUUCUGCUCCGCUGAUCUUCAGUAAUGACUUUUGAUGUGAUGACUGAUGUGAUCUAGUGAAAUUUCUCUCAGUGCUUUAAAGCCAAGUUACAGUUUAAUGCGAUUAAAUCUCACUGUUGAAGCUGCAGAUUCAAAGCCACAUGGAGCACCAGCAGAAAUGUAGUUCUGCAGUAGAGAGAAGAGUGUUUGUGUCACUCUGUCAUGAUUUUCAGAUUUUCUAGUUGGUGAUUCAUAAUACAGAACAAAAGAGAUGGUUUGAGGUAAACUACUGAUCCUCAGACUUAAUGAAGUGAUUUAAAACCAUAGUAGUUAGUGAAAUAUAGUCACAUUCCCUGAGUCCUAAACAUAAAAAAUUUUCAUCUAACUUUUAAAGUACAUGUCUGGCCUUAUUCUAUUUUUCCUUACUGUCACAUAUUACAUGUUUACUUUUAAUGUUACAAGAAGACUCAGUAAAAUCCUAAAGUAGCAAGAAACUUAGCAAAUAUUACUCAAAAAGGAGGAGUUCGUCAUUUUCUUGGUGGGAAAGUCUCAGUGGCAGAUUGAUUUGGUGCUCUAGUAAGUAUUUGAGGCAGCAGAAGUUUGUGUGUCUAACUGAGUUCAUAUAAACUACAGUGUGUGUUCAUGGUAAUGAAGGAACAUGUUGUCCAGUCAGUGUUGCCCCUGAUGUUGCUGGAAUCGUUUUUACUCAGCAGUGGAGCUCUACAAUAGAGGAAUGAGACGUAUCAAGCUUUCGAUAAACACAAUCUUGCUAGUAGCAUCAACUCAGUGUUGGUUCUGUUUGUGGGAUUUGUUCACAGUUUGAAAAACUUUUACACUCAUAUCCUACAGUCUGAUCAGUAACUAAAUUAGCUGUUGCAUUCUGUCUUUCCUUUUCAUAUUAUUUUUCAUUAAAUCCAAUAUAAAAAGAAUAAAAACAGUAUUUUAUAAAAGGUUUUGGAAGGUCACGCCUUUAUUAUGGUGCAGGAGAAGAACCCACAUUGGCUAUUAUUCAUAAGAGAUCAUGCAUAUCCAUUAUAUGACAGAUGUUUACAGGAAGAUUUUGUGUUUUUGACGUGUUGAUCAGUAAGACUGUCAGUCUGUUUAAUGAUUGAUAAUGAUUUAAUAAUUAAUAUCCCUGUUCUCCAUCAUCACACAUACUGUGUUAAAACAGCAAUAAAUCCACAGUUGUUUUUCUUAUUGA